UCUAUAUAAACCAAACUCCCACUUCAUAGAUUAACCCAAAAAAGGAAAUAAACAUCUCUCUACGCUAAGAACUUACUCAAAAUACUUCUUAUUUUCUCUUAUUUUCUUUUUUUUUCAAUGGAAACAAAGGUGGAUUGUUUUUGGGUUUUGGCUCUUGCUUCCAAAUGCAAAACUUUCUCAUCUUCCCAAAACACCUUUUAUUUUUUUAUCUUUCUUUGCAUGGCUUGGCUAGCCAUGGCUUUUUGCUACUGGUCUUACUCUGGAGGCCCCGCCUGGGGUAAAUACUGGCUCAAAAGAGGAAUCAAAGCUAGGACAAUACCCGGACCUCGAGGCUUCCCGAUACUUGGAAGCAUCACCCUCUUGAUCAACCUGGCUCACCACAAGCUGUAUGCAGCAGCUGAAUAUUUCAGAGCAAAACGGCUCAUGGCUUUUAGCGUCGGUGACACUCGUGUUAUUAUUACGUGCAAUCCUGACGUGGCUAAAGAGAUCCUAAACAGCUCUGCUUUUGCUGACCGUCCAAUUAAAGAGACUGCAUAUAGUUUAAUGUUCAACCGAGCAAUAGGUUUUGCUCCUUACGGAGUUUACUGGCGAACGUUAAGAAGGAUCGCUGCGACUCAUCUGUUUUGUCCCAAACAGAUUAGUUCUGCUGAGUCACAGAGGUUUGAUAUCGCCUCCCAAAUGGUGUCGGUCAUUGCAUGCUGUGGCGGAAAGUUUCGCGUACGUGAUAUACUGAAGUGGGCUUCACUUAAUAACAUGAUGUGUUCAGUGUUUGGUCGUAAAUAUCAUCUACGUUGUUCGAAUAAUAGUGAAGCUGAUGAACUAAGCCGGCUAGUUGAAGAAGGUUACGAGCUGUUAGGCAAGCUCAAUUGGUCUGAUCACCUUCCAUGGCUUGCAGCUUUUGACCUCCAAAAAAUCCGGUACAGAUGCUCGAAACUUGUCCCGAAAGUGAACCGGUUUGUGAGCCGGAUUGUUCAAGAACACAAGAACCAAACCGACCAAAAGAGCAAUGAUUUUGUGGAUGUUUUGCUCUCUCUUCAUGGACCCGAUAGAUUGUCAGACGAUGAUAUGGUUGCGGUUCUUUGGGUAAGCUACAAACAAACUUGCCAUGACAACAUUUUAUAA